ACUACUGAUAUCAAAUCCGUUGAGUCAAGAAUUGUAUAUAACUUGAAUAUAAAAUGUCGAAGCUGUCGAAAUUGGACGAAGACAAAGGCAUUGUUUACUGUAACCGCGUGCUUCUCGGUAAUUGGUAUGAAGCUUCCAAAUUGGAAGAGUACAAAUUAGACAAAUUCCGGAUUCAAAUGGAAAAUGGGGACUUGAUGCUGGCGAGAUACCGAAAGAUGUCCGAAAACCUCAAUACGCCUACCGUCUUGACUCAGUCUACGGGAACCACUGUUUUCGGGGCCAAGAUUUCUUUGCUAGCCCCCCACGUAUACGUUUCAGAUAAACCCAGUCCGGAUUAUAAGGGUCUCUUCCUAGGUGGUCGUAUUUCGGCCGAUGACAUAAUGUACUCGCAAGACCUUCGCGACGGAUGCUCGGUGGUAGCUCACCAGGAUACAGUGCCUCAAGAAAAACACACAUUUGUCUUAACCAGUGCCGAUUACUGCAAUCGAGACCAAGAAGUUCUGAAGUAUAAUCAGGAAUUUCUUCUUACUCUUUCCAAAUCCGUAAAGACAAAGCCCCUUUACGUAAGGUUCGACCCAAACCCGAUCCCCGGUCUUUGCGGCAAAUUCCCACUGUUCCUGAGUGAGCAUGCUGUGUCCAACACUCGCUGGCGAAUCCUGCCGGUCCAGAAACCGACCAUCUCUCGAUUUGAGCAGGAAGGCAAACCCGUCCCUGUAAACGAAGAUAUAAUAAUAAAUCAUUGCGCCACCAAUAUUAAUUUAGGCGUGGACACCUUGAAGUGGGAAACGGGAUUCUUCGGGAAAAUUUACGCUCCCCUGAUGAAAACUUGCUUAGAUGUUUUUGGGCGCGAAACGCCGAAUAAUGUUUGGCAUAUUCAUAUUCCGAUCGCCAAGGACUGAGUUUUUCUUACCAAGCUCUAUUCAAGUCUUAUUUAUUUAUUUACAUUUAUCUUCUUCCUUCGUUCUUUAUUGUUGAAACUCACGACCAUGAUUUUGUGCACUAAAUAUUGUAAUAAUUUUUCAUACCCAUGUGUAGCAUAUUAAAUUUUGUGACAGGCUACGAUGUAGCUUGUAGCAAGCUAUAAACGUUUGGCGUAGCACCUUGCCAUCAAGUCAUGCUCGCUACUGCGCAAGAGUGUUUAUGGUAUUUCAAUCAGGUAAGAACGAAAAGUUGCCAAUAAAACCGCAGAUUAAACUGACUUGUCAAUUUUAUGUGUAAGACACAAAAAUCAUGAGCAUGUUACUUUUUACUUAAGUCUUUACAGUAUUUUUAUGUAGUUUGUUUAUAUUUGUUAUACAUUUUUAUCUUUAGUUUAUUUAUUAGGUAAUAAAGUUGUGAAUGAUUUC